AUGGAAUCUGUUGAGAUUAUUGCGAGGAAGAAUGGGGGCGAAGAGGGAGAGAAAGGGUGUUUCGGACGAUCAAAAGUUGUCCACAAAUGGUGGCUUCUGGACUCUCCCGCUCUACGGUCAUCGACUCUCUCCUUUAUUUUACCCUCGAAUCUAGACACUCUCGCUGUCAUAAUGGCUAAUCUCCCUAACUUGCGACGCCUGUUUGUGGAGGCUAGAACAGAGGCGGAGGAGAACGAGUACUCGCGGAAGGCUUUCUACAAUCUUGUCCUCUUCAUAUCUUCUGUUGCCAUCUUUAGCUUGACUGCUCAACGCAUGAGUGGACCGAAGGCUGGACGAUGA